CUCUCCAGGCUCACAUCCAUGUAGCAGGGACAUCUACUCUGUAGCCCUCUUCUGAGCCUUCCAUUCAUAUGCAGCCUGUUUCUGAGGACCCAGGGUGUCAACUGGGUCUCAAGGUCUUGGGGAAGGUGGUCUUCUAUGACACCAGAUCCUGGAGAGGAAGACAGACCCCUAGAGGUGGUGGGAGAGUUUGGGGGAUUUUCCCCAAGAGUAUCUUUGACCUCUUGCUCCUGCCUCUGUUUUCUGAUUAACCAAGGACUUCCUCAUUGUACCCUUCCUUCUGCCACUUCAAGGCUGUGAGUCAUUAUUUUAACUCUCCCCCACAAGACACCAAGAGCCCUACAGUGUUUUUCACUCAGCCUUCCACUUCUUCAAUACGCUACAGAGUGAUGGCCUUUGGAGUUUCGCUCCUCCUGGGUGUUCUGGCUUCUUAUCAUGGUUUCAACUUGGAUGUGGAGGAACCCAUCGUCUUCCAAGAGGAUGGAGCUGGCUUUGGGCACAGCGUGGCCCAGUUUGGCCCUCGACUUGUAGUGGGGGCCCCACUGGAGGCGGUAGCAGUUAACCAAACAGGACGCCUGUACGACUGUGCUGCUGCCACUGGCCUAUGUCAGCCCAUCUUGCUGCACACUCCCCCAGAGGCUGUGAACAUGUCCCUGGGACUGUCCCUAGCGACCACCACCAACCACUCCUGGUUACUGGCCUGCGGCCCAACACUGCACAGAACCUGUGGGAAGAACAUGUUUGCAGAAGGCUCCUGCCUCCUGCUGGGCACCCACCUGCAGGCCAUCCAGACUGUCCCCGCUGCCAUGGCAGAGUGCUCAAAUCAAGAGAUGGAUAUUGUCUUCCUGAUCGAUGGCUCUGGCAGCAUUGACGAAAGUGACUUUAAGCAGAUGAAGGCCUUUGUCAGAGCUGUGAUGGGCCAGUUUGAGGGCACCAACACCCUGUUCUCGCUGAUGCAGUUCUCAAACCUCCUGGAGACUCACUUCACCUUCACACAGUUCCAGAGCAGCUCGAACCCUCAGAGCCUGGCGGAUCAGAUUGUCCAACAUAGGGGCCUGACUUUCACAGCCACGGGCAUCCUGACAGUGGUGAAAGAAUUAUUUCAUAGUAAGAGUGGGGCCCGAAAAAGUGCCAAGAAGAUCCUCAUUGUCAUCACAGAUGGGCAGAAAUACAAAGACCCCCUGGAAUACAGUGAUGUCAUCCCCCAGGCAGAGAGCGCCGGUGUCAUCCGCUAUGCCAUUGGGGUGGGAGCUGCUUUUCAGGAACUCACUGCCAGGCAAGAGUUGAGCACCAUAGGCUCAACACCCUCAAAGGAGCACGUGUUCAAGGUGGACAACUUUGCAGCCCUCAGUAGCAUCCAGAAGCUGCUGCAAGAGAAGAUCUUUGCAGUCGAGGGAACCCAGUGGAGGAUAAGUAGCUCCUUCCAGCAUGAGAUGUCACAAGAAGGCUUCAGUUCUGUAUUUACAAUGGAUGGACCAGUUCUGGGGGCUGUGGGGAGCUUUAGCUGGUCUGGAGGUGCCUUCUUGUACCCCCCAAAUAUGAGGCCUACCUUCAUCAACAUGUCUCAGGAAAAUGUGGACAUGAGGGACUCUUAUCUGGGUUACUCCACCGAGCUGGUCCUUUGGAAAGGUGUGCAGAGCCUGGUCCUGGGCGCCCCCCGCCACCAGCACACCGGGAAGGUUGUCAUCUUUACCCAGGUGUCCGGGCAAUGGAGGCCGAAGGCUGAAGUCACAGGGACCCAGGUUGGCUCCUACUUCGGGGCCUCCCUCUGCUCUGUGGACGUGGAUGGAGAUGGCAGCUCUGACCUGGUCCUCAUCGGGGCUCCUCAUUACUACCAGCCGACCCAAGGGGGUGAGGUGUCUGUGUGCCCCUUGCCCCAGGGGAGGGCUAGGUGGCAGUGUGAGGCUGUUCUCCAUGGGGUGCAGGGCCAGCCCUGGGGCCGCUUUGGGGCAGCCCUGACAGUGGUGGGGGAUGUGAAUGGGGACAAGCUGACGGACGUGGCCAUCGGAGCCCCGGGAGAGCAGGAGAACAGGGGUGCUGUCUACAUAUUUCAUGGAACCACAGAAUUGGGCAUUGGCCCCUCCCACAGCCAGUGGAUUACAGGCUCCCAGCUCUCCCCCAGCCUCCAGUAUUUCGGGCAGUCACUGAGCGGGGGUCAGGACCUCACCGACGAUGGACUGGUGGACCUGGCUGUGGGGGCCCGGGGACAUGUGCUCCUGAUCAGGAGCCUGCCAGUGCUGAACAUGGAGGUGGCCAUGAGAUUCACACCCUCAGAGGUGGCAAAGGUUGUGUACCAGUGCUGGGAAGAGGUGCCUGCCACUCUGGAAGCUGGGGAGGCCACAGUCUGUCUCGCUAUCCAUAAAAGCUCACUGGAUCAGCUAGGUGAUGUCCAAAGCUCUGUCACAUAUGAUCUGGCAUUGGACCCAGGCCGUCUGAUUUCUCGUGCCAUUUUUGAUGAGACCAAGAACUGGACUUUGACUCGAAGAAAAACCCUGGGGCUGGGAGUUCACUGUGAAACUGUGAAACUGCUUUUACCCGGCUGUGUGGAGGAUAUAGUGAACCCCAUCACACUGCGCCUCAACUUCUCCCUGGUGGGAGAACCCAUCCUCUCAUCCCAGAACCUCCACCCUGUGCUGGCUGUGGGCUCACAGGACCUCUUCACUGCUUCUUUCCCCUUUGAGAAGAACUGUGGGCAAGAUCACCUCUGUGAAGGGGACCUGCGUAUCAACCUCAGCUUAUCAGGCCUGCAGACCCUGGUGGUGGGGAGCUCGCUGGAGCUCAACAUGACAGUUACUGUGUCGAAUGAGGGUGAGGAUUCCUAUGGAACCGUGAUCAACUUCUACUACCCAGCAGGGCUGUCCUAUCAACGAGUGUUAGGAACCCAGCAACCUCAUCAGCCCCCAUUGCUCCUGGCAUGUGAGGCAGUGCCCACUGGGAAUGAGGGCCUGAGGAGCAGCAGCUGUAGCGUCAACCACCCCAUCUUCCAAGAGGGUGCUAAGGGCACCUUCAUAGUCACAUUUGAUGUAUCCUACAAGGCCACCCUGGGAGACAAAUUGCUUUUGAGGGCGAAUGCAAGCAGUGAGAAUAAUAAGCCUGCAACCAGCAAAACUACCUUCCAGCUGGAGAUCCCAGUGAAAUAUGCUGUCUACAUGGUGAUUAGCAGGCAGGAAGAAUCCACCAAGUACUUUAACUUUUCAUCUUCCGGUGAGAAGAGCAGGAAAGCAGCUGAGCACCGAUACCAUGUGAAUAACCUGAGUCAACGAGAGCUGGCUAUCAGCAUUGAUUUCUGGGUUCCCAUCCUGCUGAAUGGUGUGGCUGUGUGGGAUGUAGCUGUGGUGGCCCCUUCACAGAGUCUUCCCUGUGUGUCAGAGAGGGAACCUCCCCAGUAUUCUGACUUCCUGACCCAGAUUCCAAGGAAUCUCAUCCUGGACUGCUCCAUUGCUGACUGCCUGAGGUUCCGCUGUGACAUCCCCUUCUUCAGCAUCCAGGGGGAACUUGACUUCAUCCUGAAGGGCAACCUCAGCUUUGGCUGGGUCAGCCAGAUGUUGCAGAAGAAGGUAUUGGUCGUGAGUGUGGCUGAAAUCACAUUCAACAGAUCCGUGUAUUCCCAGCUUCCAGGACAAGAAGUAUUUUUGAGAGCCCAGAUGGAGAUGAUGCUAGAAGAGUAUGAGGUCUAUGAUCCUACCGCCCUCGUUGCGGGCAGCUCUGUGGGAGGACUGCUGUUACUGGCUCUCAUCACAGCUAUACUGUACAAGCUUGGCUUCUUCAAACAUCAGUACAAAGAGAUUAUGGAUAACAAGCCUGAAGACACUGCCACAUUCAGUGGGGAGGAUUAAAGCUGUGGGACCCCAAAUUUGCCUUUAUCCUAAUAUCCAUCUUUCUGUUCAUCUCUACCCCAUGGGCUGGUCUUGCCUUAGCACUCAAAUGUACUUCUGUGGGAAUAACUUCUGCAUAGAUCUGGACUGGCUUGAUCAACUUACCAGGUGUUAAGCUACCUUCCCAAGUGGUUGAAAGAUUUUUAUACUGAUGCUGGCAUGAAUUUUCAUAUGUAUAAGAACUGUCACAUUAAAUGAGAAUGUUUAUAACA